AUGGAAAAGAUCACUGAGAAAAUUGCGGCGUUGCCGCCGGACUCCAACUAUUUCUCGUUGGAGUUCUUUCCCCCGAAGACACAGAUGGGCUCGGUGAACUUACAAGCUCGUCUCGAACGUAUGGCCCAGGCUUUGCGUCCGCUUUUUGUGACUGUGACAUGGGGUGCCGGAGGAACAACGGCAGCAAAGUCUCUUGAACUGGCCGAGAUUUGCCAGCGUCAACUGCAAUUAACGACAUGUCUACAUCUUACGUGCACAAACAUGACGAGAAGUCUGAUCGAUGAAGCCUUGGAACAGGCCAAAGCACUCGGCAUCAGAAAUAUCCUUGCGCUCCGAGGAGACCCGCCCCGCAGUGAGGAGUACAAUAUGGACGGAGAUGACGAUAGCAAUAAGGACUUUACAUGGGCUAUAGAUUUAGUGCGCUACAUCAGAAAGACAUAUGGCGACUACUUCUGUAUUGGAGUCGCCGCGUACCCGGAAGGUCACCCCGGCGAGUCGCAGACAGAUAUUCAAGAUCCUGAGAAGGACCUACCGUAUCUGGUGGAAAAAGUGCAGGCGGGCGCAGACUUUAUCAUGACUCAAUUAACAUAUGACUUUGAAGCAUACCAGACGUUUGAGGACAGACUUCGAAACCACCCUUCCGGGGCGAUCAAGACUAUACCUAUUAUCCCCGGUCUUAUGCCUAUUCACGGUUACAAGAUUUUGACGAGAGUGACGAAACUUAGCGGAGCUCAUAUCCCGCCUGCGAUCAUGUCACGAAUUGAGCAAGUCAGGUCAGAUGAUGAGCGAGUUAAGCAAGUCGGUGUCGAUAUUGUGAGCGAGAUUGCGAACCAGAUCAAAGCAUUGCCCAACCCGGGACACCGUGGAUACCAUUUCUAUACACUGAACCUGGAGAAGUCUGUGACCUUGAUACUGGAACGCUGUGAUUUGAUUCCACCAUCCAGCGAUGAUAAUGCCAUUGAAGAUGGUAUUGCGAUUGAGGAAGUUGAUUCAACUAAUAAAGACCUCAAAACACUGGUAUCGCGCCGCCGUGCCUCUUCCAUCAACUCUGGUCCUCACAAUCGGGUCAUUGUGGAAAAGCUGCAUGUACCGACAGACCAACAGUCUGAACACUCAUCGAGAAAAUCUAUCACAUACGAAACUCUUGCUUCUAGCGCCGGUGUGCCAGCAUUGAAUCCGCCUCCACGAAGCACUCAGCUGCAGAUCUCAGAGGGCAUCGGAUCCUUGGGUCGCGAAGCAACGUGGGAUGAUUUCCCUAACGGACGUUGGGGUGAUUCCCGUUCCCCUGCUUUUGGUGAGAUUGACGGCUACGGUCCUUCUCUACAUGUGAACGCCACUGUAGCAAGAAAAUUAUGGGGUUUCCCAGUGUCAAGAGAAGAUAUUGGUACUCUUUUCCGAAAACACGUAUCUGGAGAACUAUACAUUGUUCCUUGGUCCGAAGGAGGUGCAGCUGAAGACGCCAACCUCAAUGCAGAGACACAAAUCAUUAAGCCACAACUUCUACAGAUCAUCGAGAAAAAGAACUGGUGGACAUUGGCAUCACAACCAGCCGUGAACGGCGUACGAAGUGACCAUCCCAUCUUCGGCUGGGGACCACCAGGCGAAGGUUUCGUUUUCCAAAAGUCAUUUGUUGAAUUCUUCUGCCCCAACUCCGAUUACCAAAACAAAGUCAAACCCACACUUCUCAGACACGGCAGCGAAGAAUUCUCCUGGUUCGCCAUCAACGCAGCCGGCCACCUCGAAUCAUCCUUUUUACUUUCUGCAUCCUCCUCCCCGCAACCGGAAGACGCCUCAUCCGCCAUAGCAGCAGACGAAGAACCCCUCGAAAUACGCGAAAGUACCGGCAUGGCAGUAACAUGGGGUGCCUUCCGCGGCCGCGAAAUAACCACACCCACCAUCAUCGAAGAAGUCAGUUUCCGUGCUUGGGGCGAAGAGGCGUUCCGUAUCUGGGACGAGUGGCGACGCAUCUACCCUCGCGGAUCGGCUACGGAGCGGUUCUUGAACGAGACUAAGAAUGAUGUAUGGUUACUUUGUGUGAUUGGGCAUAGAUAUGGAGCUGGUACGAAGCCAGGGUCGGAGGAAGAGAAGGCGGAGAUGAAUACGUUGUGGAAUGUGCUUGCGGGGGAUAUGUAA